ACGCCAGCCCAGAUGACGAUCCACCAGCUGCUGCUCCAUCUAACGCCGGCCCAGAUGUCGACGCAGCUGCGGCUCCUCCAGACGUCGGCCCAGAUGCCGAUCCAGCUGCUGCUCCUCCACACGUCGGCCAACCAGAUGCCGAUCCAGCUGCUGCUCCUCCACGCGUCGGCCAAGAUGUCGAUGCAGCUGCUGCUCCUCCAGACGUCGGCGGCGAAUGCACCAGACAAGAAGGUUCGGCCCCUCAGUGAACUUUAUGCGAGCUGCGCCAUCGUUGUCCAGCGGGUGCGCACGGAGAAGAUCAUCGGGAAUUUGACUGAUACCAUCAUCGCUGGCGGUGGCAGGGCAGUUUUAUUCGUGGAGUGCACCCGUGGCGAUGAGACGCCAUUGCGAGCCAGGGCGAGGUCAGCUGCCAAAGUAUUCAGCCACGAACGCCAGAUCUGCGAGGCGAGCUUGGUGAGCAUUGCCGACGUGCACGAUGAAGAUACGGUAAAACAGAAGAUUGUUCAAACUGAUUGGGAGGGUGCUGUUGCAUAUGCACUUGCUGGUGACGUCCAGCGCUAUCUGGUUGUGAAGUUCAAUUUGCUAACGUGGCUUCAAUGUGUAGAUCGUGGGACUGCUGAGUGUUACCAGUAUUGUUUCUCUGCAGUGGGGCCUCGUUUCAGUUUCGCUAAGAAGUUCGAUCGACACGUUCAUGUGUCCACCACAGACAAGGAUGCUGCCAUCGCAAAGGCGUUCAACAGGCCUCCUGGUCCUGGUGAUGGCUGCGCAGAGCUUCGGUUUGGUUGCCACGUGCACGUCGCCAGCAGCGUGAUCGGCAAGCAGCACACAGAAUAUCGCCAGCAGGUUUUGGACAUGCUGUCCGAGGGGUGCGAGGCGACCGACCGAGUCAGACGCUCGGUCAUCGAUGCACUGGCCAACGGCGACUGGACCAACCAUCACGUCAUCGAGCAUUGGAGCCCAGUUCCUACGACUCGAGAAGCAGUUGUGCACCGAUUCCAGAAGCAGUUUGUUUGGGCAGUUGCUUCUUCAGCUCCGCACAUAUAUCCACGACAUCGUUGGACUGGUGCAGAGAUCACGCUGAGGUGGGUGUUGACGCUGCAGUCGUGCCAUGGUCUCCUCGAUGCUGUGUAUGCAGAAUGGUUCGGCAAGAAGAGGUGCCCUGCCGACCCAGUGCCGCCCGAUCUUCCUGAUGGAGGUCAUGGCGACGAGGGCGGCCCACAAUGUGGCCGCGGAGCUGGCGACGGCGGAGGGGACGACGAGCAUGCUGGAGGCAACGAGCCGCCCGCGGACCUCAUCCGACACGACCCGAACGUCGGCAACGCUUCAACGAAUCCUACGGAUGCGUUCCAUCUGGAGAACACGAAGUGGCGCAGGAGUGCUUACGCCUGGCUGGGUCGCCAACACAUGCUCCCAAACAUGUUUAUCUUCCGCCGAGUUCAUGAGGGGCACCGUCGUUUACUUUCGGCUUACCUUCAGAUGUCUGGGAUCAAAUGGGAACGGAAACAGCUCCGGGGUGCGAUGACUAAGAUCCAACAGGGCGAUUAUUUCUGGGACAUGGACAACUUUCGCGUGACCGCCGCGCAGGGCGGCAGGCAUUCCAGGUCCAAACCUUUCGCUGCGUGCCGCGUGCUCGAGCGCGGCCUCGGCGGGGCCCAGUGCGUCCGAUUGAAGAG